CGGGGCGAUGAACGGUCUCCGGCGGGCUUUGUUGCUCGGCUUGCCCCGCCUGCGAGGUCGACCGCUUCUGGGGUCCGGCGGCGGCGGCGCGAGCGUGUUGUCUCGGCGUUUCGCAACCAGCGAUCUCUGGCGCUGGCAGACAGCGGCGAUAGCGCUGCACGAGGGGCAGGAGGAGGAGUUCGUCUUUCCCGAGUACCUACCUGAAAAUCCGGACGCUGAGAGGAAGCAGUUGGCGCCCGAGAAGGAACAUGCGCAGCCCCGAGAGGCCAAGAGCGAGGUCCUGCCGGAGCGGACACGGAGCGAACGGCUACGGCAGCGGCUGCAAGAACGGCGCCGAAAGGCAGCAGGAGGGGAACACAAGGUGUCGGGGCGGCCCGACCCGUCGGUGCCGACGAGCGGAGUGAGCUGCUCGGGCUGCGGCGCGGAGUUGCACUGCCAGGAUCCUGCCGUGCCGGGGUACCUGCCUAGCGAGAAAUACCGGAGUCUGGUGGGCCUUCAAGAGCCGCAGCUACCCCAGGAAGAAGAUGGUGUUGGGCCGAAGGAUCGGGAGCCCGCCGAGGAGUCAAGCCAAAAGCAGCAAGCGCUGAAGGACGCCCGGUGCCAGCGCUGCUGGCUCUUGGUGCAUCACAGGCGGGCCCUGCAAGUGCAGAUGCCCCGGGAGGAGUACCACAACGUGGUGAGCUCCGCUCUGCGCAGCCCCCCUCGCCAUGGCCGCCCACACCUGGUGCUCUGUAUGGUGGAUCUUCUGGACCUGCCAGACUCAAUCUUGACUGACCUGCCCGACCUGGUGGGGAGCGAAGCCCACAUCUUCGUGCUGGGCAACAAGGUGGACCUUUUGCCUCGCGACUCCAACAAUUAUCUGAAGCGCCUGCAAGAGCAACUGAGGGCGAUGUGUGCCAGGGCUGGCCUUCUGGAGAGCGGGAACCAGCGUGUAGUUGACGUGCACCUCAUCAGUGCCAAGACAGGCUAUGGUGUAGAAGAGCUGAUUUCUAAGUUGCAGCGCUCCUGGAAAUUCAAUGGGAAUGUGUUCCUUAUUGGAGCCACCAACAGUGGAAAGUCUACCCUCUUCAACACUCUCUUGCACUCAGACUACUGCAAGUCCAGAGCCUCAGAAGCGAUCAACAGGGCAACAAUCUCGCCUUGGCCAGGAACAACCUUGAAUCUGCUGAAAUUUCCAAUUAUUAAUCCUACACCGUACAGAAUAUUCCGGAGGAAAGAAAGAUUAAAGGCAGAUGCAGAGAAAGCAGAGGAAGACCUCAGUGAGGAUGAACAGGAACAGCUUAAUAGACUCAAAAAGCAAAGCUACUUAGUAGGCAGAAUUGGACGAACUUUUCUACAAACACAAAAGCUAAGAAAAAAUAAUGAAAUAGAGUUUGAUGCUGAAGCAUUGUCUUUUAGUAUGGAGGAAGAACCUUAUGUCCCAUCCAAAACUGCUACAAAAAAAAUUGAGCUUUCAUACAAUGAAGUGAAAGAUGCUCGCUGGUUUCAUGACACUCCAGGGAUUAUAAAAGAUGGCUGUGUUUUAAACCUCCUAAAUGAAAAUGAAAUCAAACUCGUCCUGCCAACCACUGCCAUUGUUCCACGGACUUUUAUACUCAAGCCUGGGAUGACUCUGUUUCUAGGUGCAUUGGGACGCAUAGAUUAUUUACAGGGGGACCAGUCCUCCCAUUUUUCUGUUGUGGCAUCUAAUUUUUUGCCUGUGCACAUCACUACAGUAGAAAAAGCAGAUGACAUCUAUCAAAAGCAUGCAGGUCAAGCAUUACUGAAGGUUCCUAUAGGAGAAGAACGAAUGAAAGAUUUCCCACCACUUGUUCCUGAGGAUGUGAUGCUGGAAGGGAUCAGUGACUCUGAGGCAGUGGCUGAUAUAAAGCUUUCAACUGCUGGUUGGGUUGCAGUCACAGCAGAAUCAAGAAACAAAAUGCAUCUAAGAUGCUAUACUCCAAAAGGAACAACACUGACAGUACGUAAACCACCUCUGCUGCCAUAUAUUGUUCAAAUCAAAGGGGACCGUCUGAAAGGAAAUGCAGCGUAUCAGACUAAAAGACCACCUGCUCUUGUGCAGAAUUUAAAAGCUAAUGUAAAGAAGAAAAAGAAUCUGUUGAAAAAUUAAGGUGUAGUUAAUGGAUUUUCCAAUAUAACAUUUUCUCAAAGAUAGCAGACUGUUGUUUGCCCAAAUCACAUCAUUAAUUUCAUCUUUUUGUAGAACAAGUGUUGUAAAAUGUUUUGAGAUUUAAAAUAAUGGCCGUGUAGCACUGACAACUGCAGUAUUCUAUUUACAUUUCUUAUGCCCUGCUUUGGAAAACUUUUAAUUUUACUCAAUAAAUGUUGUCAAAAAAAGGGCAAUUGGUUAUAGUUCAGUGCAUGCAAGCAUCUUACCAGUGCUUGUAAGUUGUAAAUAGAGAAAAAAUUGUUUCUUGCUCUGCAAAACCCUCUUGAAAAUGUCAUGGGCUGUUUCUGGAAUUGGUGAAAGUUUAUACCAAUUGGCAACUCUGAAUAACCAAUCUUAGGGUGAUUAUUAUCUGUGAUAAUUGCAAAAUCCAAUUAAAUACAUGACUUUAUUAUGCUUUAAGAUGUUAAGUGCCUUCUAAUAUGCCAGUGCCCAUUCCUAACUACCAUCUGCAGACAGCCAACAUAAAGAGUAUGGCCAUCCAGCAGUAAAUGUGUGUCCAGGCAGCUGUGGAAUGGUAUCUGGUAAGCUACUUAAGAAAUGGACCGGGGUGGGAGGGGAUUUUAGGACAGGAAGAAUUUCAGGAAAGGAAAUCCAGUGGAACAUAUCAAAAGGGCUUGUUUCCAUUUGAAUUAAUGACAUUAAAACUGUGCUGCUUCUACCACGCUAGAGGCCCAGUGGCUUGUGAUUAUUAAUUACUCUUGUAGUAAAGCAUGGAGCAGUAUUGUGUUAAUAUUGUAAAUGAACAAAUGAAAAACUGUCAAUCAGGAAAGUUAACUUUUUUUACAUUUUGGACUUUCUGACAACAGGUAACAUUGAGCUACUGGGAUUUUUUUCAUCUAAAAGGGUCCCCCAAUUAGGGCCUAAUAAAAGCUGACUUCAAAAAGUGUUUUGAAUUCUGCUUUUGAUUGCCUGUUUGCAAAGUCCAAAGCAUUUUGCUGCUAUUUAAGUAUAAAGCAUACACCAUGGGUCCUCAAACUAUGGCCCGGGGGCCGGAUCUGGCCCGCCAUGCCCAUUUAUCUGGCCCGCCAGAGGUUUUGGACUUGCUGUUGGCGAGGCACCAGCUUGCUCGCAAGGAGAUCGUUUUGGAUUCGCUCAGAGAAAACCAUCUCUGCACACCUACCCAUGCCUCACCAUGUUCACGCCCCCCCCGCCCACACCGUCUUGGCGGCCCGCACCCAUCGCCAGCACCUUUCAACUGGCCCCCUGUUCAAAAAGUUUGAGGACCCCUGGCAUACACCAUCCAGCUCUAAGGUGUAGGCACAAGGUGAAUUAAUCUGUGUCUUCCAUUGAAAGAGACUGGAAUUACAUAGUCCUCAAAUCAAACAGAUCACAUAACCCCUAAGUAUUUUGCCCAUAAAAUAUAUGAAGAUUCUUCCCUUAUAGUCUUAAUUCUGCUGAUCAAACUGCUGAAGUGUGUUACCAGUUACCACUGCCUACAUGCUCUCAAUUGUGAAAAUCUUGGAUCAGCAGUUGCUUUUCGUGCUCUGAGAGACAAGAGAUGCAUCAUCAUUUCUGCCACUCUUUGUGUUGCAGCAUUGUGUGCAGCUAGAAGCAUGUGUAAAUGCACCUGGGAAGGAUGCACUUCAGGUAUAAGAGUAUUUGUAAACUGUUUUUUGGCCUGAAGCCAGACCCAAUACACUGGAAAAAAUAAUUGAACAAUAAAAUCAGUUCUUAAAGAUCUAAGAAAGACAGGUUCCCUUACCUGUAACUGUUGUUCUUUGAGUGGUCAUCUGUGUAUUCACACAUAUGGGUUCUUCGCUCAUGCGAUGAUACACAGAGACCAUUAAGAAUAACCAAGUUUAAAAGCAAAAAGAAACUAAUACUCUGAAAAGCUAGAAGAAAGAAUAGACAUUUUCUAUACUUGUAUCCUGUUCGUCUUGCAGUGUCCUGUACCUUGAAUGUAAAAAACCAUAGUGUAGAUGGUUCUGUAGCAUGAACACAUUUGUCUAGGAAUGCUUGUUUUAUCUAGGAAGCUUGAGAAUGGAUUUUUUCCUAAAUUUCCUACUUGGAAACAUCAUUGUGAUUUUCUGCUCAGGAGGAGGUAACUUGUGGACCCUCAGAUGUUUGGGCCUUUAAUUCUCAUGAUCCUUCACCAUGGUCUAGCAGUUGCUUCUUUCUGUACUGAAGUAAUCCUAAACAUUUGCUGAUAUACACAUUCUUAGAUUAUGUGCUUUAUGGACAUCAACAAAUGGAAAGGCGAAUGGCUUCACUACAUCCUUUCGACUGCUAAAGCUGGAAGGUUACUCACCUGCUAUAAGGCAAUGGACCGAGAUCCUUUAAAUGUUUUUGUUGUAACAACAAGGGACAUAGUAAUACCAACAUCAAAUGUCUAUGUAUUUGGAUAUUUGGUCUGCUUUUAUCAAAGCCACUGCAUGUAAUUGCUCAGAAGUUGUGUCUGUUAAGAUGGGGGGAAAUUAAAUGGCAUAACUUGCGCUUUCUCAACUAGAAAAGCUCAACAAGGGGGAUGAGCAGAAUCUAAUGGGCCAAAGACAUAAAACUUGUCUUUCUUUAAAA